UGUUGACUGAAAUUGACACCAGGCGGUGAAUAGAGUCCCUCCUCAGGUUGCUGGGCUCAGUCAUUUAUUAAAUAGGGCUGCUUGUCAGGAGGGCGUGAAGUCUCCAGAAGGAAAUGCCCCACCUGGGCCCGGAAGCUGUGCCCGGAAGCUGGGGCCUCUAACCCCGGGGUUGAUUUCUUCGGUGAGGUUGCAAAGGAUAUAUGGUCAAAGUGGCACUCAGUUGAGGAAGAAUAUUGGGCAGUUCUGAAGCCAUGCGUUCUGCGUUUGUCUGGGAUGGAUUGUAGAGAGAUGGACUUAUACGAGGACUACCAGUCCCCGUUUGAUUUUGAAGCAGGUGUGAACAAAAGCUAUCUCUACUUGUCUCCUAGUGGAAAUCCAUCUCCGCCCGGAUCACCUACUCCUCAGAAACUUGGUCUGCUGCGAACAGACCCAGUCCCUGAGGAAGGAGAAGAUGUCGCUGCCACGAUCAGUGCCACAGAGACCCUGUCAGAAGAGGAGCGGGAGGAGCUACGAAAAGAACUUGCAAAGGUAGAAGAAGAAAUCCAGACUCUGUCUCAAGUGCUAGCAGCAAAAGAGAAGCAUCUAGCAGAGAUCAAGCGGAAACUUGGAAUCAAUUCACUACAAGAACUCAAACAGAACAUUGCCAAGGGGUGGCAAGAUGUGACAGCAACAUCUGCAUACAAGAAGACAUCUGAAACUCUGUCUCAGGCUGGGCAGAAGGCUUCAGCUGCUUUUUCAUCUGUUGGCUCAGUUAUCACCAAAAAGCUGGAAGACGUAAAAUUGCAAGCCUUUUCACAUUCCUUUAGUAUACGCUCCAUUCAACAUUCAAUUAGCAUGCCUGCUAUGAGAAACUCUCCAACUUUCAAAUCUUUUGAAGAAAAGGUUGAAAACUUAAAGUCUAAAGUAGGGGGAACCAAGCCUGCUGGCGGUGAUUUUGGAGAAGUCUUGAAUUCGGCUGCGAAUGCUAGUGCCACCGCCACAGAGCCUCUUCCAGAGCAGACACAGGAGAGCCUGUGAGAUUCCUACCUUUGUUCUGCUACCCACUGCCAGAUGCUGCAAGCAAGAUCCAGGCACAUCUUGUCAACAUUCAUUGCCAUGAAUUUCUACCAGAUGUGCUUUUAUUUAGCUUUACAUAUUCCUUUGACCAAAUAGUUUGUGGGUUAAACAAAAUGAAAGUAUCUUCACCUCUAUUCUUGGGAAACACCCUUUAAUGUGCAUUUAAGGUCCUUUAUUUAGGAAACAUUGUUAAAACACUUGCAGUACCUGAGAAUACUCGCUAGAAUGAUCUCAGAAGCUCUACGGGUUGUUAGUUGUUUUUCUACUUUACAAAAUUGGUGUAGAUCUGGGAUGCCAGUUUGAUUUUGUCUUCUAUCAGAUUUCCUUUUAUUCCUCUUUGACUUGCUGUAUAUUUGAUUCCUAACUAAAACUGUACUUUAAAACUUUCUGAAUCCUGGUUAUUAAAAGUUUGGUAUAUUUUCUAUACCUUUAAGGGAAGAACUAGCCACUACAAAAAAUAUUUUGGAAUAAAUACUGUUUCGGGAUAAGGUACAUAUCUUGGAUGUCUGAAGACACAAGAGUAAACAGCUCUCCAUCCAAUCUGUUACAGUUUUAUAAGUGACAGACAGUAUGUACAGUAAUCAAACUUCUAGGUGACUUUAGAGUGAAGUCCCUGUAUCCUUGUUUAUCACCGUUUGUGACAGUAAUCAUUUCAGUAUAUUGGUUAUUAUGCCACUUGUAUCAACUUAUUUUUUACCAGGUUAAAAUUUUGAUUUCAGAGUCAAUUAACAAAGCAACAUUCUGAAUCAAGCAUAUUUUAUUAACAGGUUGAAAUGUGAACACACUCAUCACUAUUCAGUUCAAAAGCCUGAAAGUCUUUUAGAUCUAGAUGGGUAUAAAAAAUGCCAAAAUCAUUUACAUUAAGGGAAACAUUAUUGUCUUCGUUUCUUCAUUUAAUCCAUUUUGCACCAUUUAAAAUAAGCACACAAAGUUAUAUGACUAAUAUAACUUGAAAAUUUUUUAUACUAAGGGGUUGGUGAUAACUCCUGAGGCUGUCAUGCAUUAAUAAAAAUUAACUCAUUGUUUUCUACUUAUUUGUUUUCUGUGUGUUAGAAAUUGUAAAAUGAUACUGUAGACUCUGCCCCCUACUUUGAAAACUGAAUGUUGGGGCUGGUGAAUCUAACCUUCUGGGCAUAUUUGCAUGGAGGCCAAGAGACUCUAUUAGUAACUACUUACUCCUUACCAUCAACUUUUUCUUAUGCUGUAUAUGUCUCUGGCCUACAGUGUUGUAUUUGUUAUUUAUCAAGUUGUGAUUAUUUUAUUAUUGUUUAUGCCAAAUGUUAAUUGCCAAACUUGGAGUGACCUAAAGCAUUUUUUAAAAGCAUGGCUAGAUUUACUUCAGGAUAAGUUAACUUAUAAACACCAAAUUUGAAAAGCCACAAGUGUUGAUCGUCAUAAAAUAACAUGCUGCCAUUCUCGAUUGCUAGAGCUUCUGUUAGCACCUUGGAUGCAAUGAAACCUAUGCUCUAUUCAUGUGAAAAGCUUAAUAAAUUCUGUAUGUAAGUUGUAUAGGUCUCAAUAUUUAUUAUGAGACCGGUGGUCUGGAAACAGCUUGUUGUAUUAAAGGAUCAAUGUCUAUGCUUUAAGAAAAGUGGGGGAGGGGAAUUUUUUACUAUCCACUUUAUUACUGGUAUAUUAACAUAUUCUAAAUAAUUUUCUUUUAGACACUUGAGGGCAAAGGUUAUUGAAGUGUUGUCCCAGAGGAGUAGACCUGUAGAAUUUUGUCUUUCUAUAGAAAUAUUUUGGUUACUCAACAUAACUGUUAAAUUACUGUUUCUAUCUAGUCUUUAAAUUUUUAUUCCGGCAUCUUUUCAUCACAUUGUUUACAUGUCCUUCCCUCUUCAGCAAGGCAAAUGGAGUAAGAUGGUAAUUUCUUUGGUUGAAUGAAAUAUCCUCAAGUAUAACUUUACUGCCCAAAUGGGGUAGAAAUGAAGGUGGGAAGUGGCAUGGGUGGAUGGAGGUGGAUAUUGAGGAUGGUUGUGAAAUAAAUUGGAGAAUCACUUUUCCAGACAUCUACCUACACUUAAGCUAAAAAAAAAAAAACUUUGAAAAAUGUAUUUGCAAAGCAUUCUGGCCCUUAAAAGAAGUAGUAAAAAAGAAAUAGUAAAAAAGAGGAUGAAUUUAGAAAAAUAAACAUAGAUCUAAUUAUUAUUCAAAAUGGUCUUUGUGACAGAUUCAAUAUUAUGAAUUCACGGAUAGUAAAGGAAUUUGAAAUACAGUCAUCAGUAGAAAAUACCAGAAAGAGGUCCUGGUUACUCUAUUGUGUUUUGUGUUUGACACUAUAAAAAAAAAAAAGCAAGAGAGUGAACUCUCGGAUAUUUACAAAUCUCAGAUAUUUAAGGACUCAGGAAGUGUGACUGAAGAAAAUAUCCCUGAAAAAAUCCCCCACUUACAAAAAGGAAUAUCCUUAAUUUAUGGAGCUUGUGGGAAAUAAAGAAAGAAUUCUUUUGCUUACAAGGCCAAAGUAAUCAAUGAGUUGAAUCCAUUAAUUGGAAUAUCAGCAACACAAAGUGACUUGAAGUAGAAUUAAAAAACAGGUUUAAUUUGGACUGUUUCUGGAUCUGUUAAUCAAGAUAUACACACUGUCUAUUUUUUUGUAUAGUAUUUAAAACAAUAAAAAUUCUAUAAUUUGGGCAUGA